AAUUCUUCAAGAUAAAUGAAAAUGAUCUGUUUAUUCACUUUCUUUUUAUUCAUUUUUUUCAAUUCAAUUCAAUUCAAUUGAAAAUUAAUUUCAUUUGGCGAUUCUCAAAUUUUAAGAAUCAUCAUUCAUGAUUCAUCAUUAAUAAUGAUUUACGAUUAAUGUUAGUUGAUUUUUAUUAAUUAACGUGAAAUUCGAUGUGAAAUAAAAUGUAAAAUUUGUUUGUAAACUAUUAAUAGCCAUUGUAUCCCAUUAUAGUUCGGUUAUCUUGGUGUUUAAACGAUUAUCUGGGACAUAGUAUUCAUAGAAUGUUCUUCGAUUAGUUUUCCUCUCGUUUUACAAACAUUUCUCAUUGCGACGAUCUUUCCAUAGAAUGCGAGGAAUACGGCAAACUGGUUUAUGAAAUUGAACCUUCGCCCGUUCUUCGAAUCGGAGCCGGUUUCAAUGUUGUUUCUCGUUGUGCUAUCGUUGGGACACCAUUGAUCGUUGGUGGUAUUAAAGCUAAAAUGGCCGAAUUCCCGCAUAUGGCUGUAAUUGGAUUUGGUAGGAACUUAUCAGAUGUGUCAUGGUUAUGCGGAGGAAGUAUUAUUUCGGAGAGAUAUAUCUUAACCGCAGCUCACUGUUUGGAAUCACGCGACAACGGACCGGCGUUAAUGGUACGAGUGGGUACGACGAAUUUAGAGAUAGAAGAGGAUAGCUUGCAAGAGAGAAAAAUAAUACGUAGAAUAAAGCAUCCGAAUUAUAAAUUGCCAGCUAAAUAUCACGACUUGGGUUUGAUAGAAUUGGAUAAACCUUUGGAAUUAAAUCCAAAUGUUAGGCCAGCCUGUCUCGAGAUGAAUUUUCAACCACCGGGAAAGCAAGCUAUAGCAACUGGAUUUGGUAGAACGUCUUACGGUGAAAUGUCGACGAACAAGGAUCUAAUGAAAGUCCAAUUGGAUUAUAUAAACGAAGAAUCCUGUAAGAAACGAUAUCAAUUCGAUUUAGGCCGUCGUUACUUGCCCAAUGGAUUUAUAUCAAAUUUUCUAUGCGCCGGAAUGAUGAAGGGUGGUAAGGAUACGUGUCAGGGCGACAGUGGCGGCCCACUACAAAGAGUACUUGAACAUCCUUAUUGCACUUACAGCAUCGUCGGAAUAACGAGUUUCGGAAAAUUUUGCGCAAUGAAAAAUUCACCGGCCAUAUACACACGAGUCAGUUCAUAUUUGGAUUGGAUCGAAUCGAUUGUUUGGCCAUAAUAAUGAAUGAUCAUUAUGGAUCAAAAGGAAAACGCAAUUAUUCGUUAUUUUGUUUAUUUUUUUUUUUUUUUCUUUUAUUUCUUUUAUUUUUCUUUUCUUUUAUUGCAAGAACUUCCUUUUAGCCUUCUUGUAUUUUUAACGUAUUUACAAAUUCGAUUCCCAUAAUAUAAGCAUGCAUACAAAUAACGUUCGAUAAAAAUAUAUGUAAGUAUAUAUAUAUAUAUAUAUAUAUAUAUAUAUAUAUAUAUAUAUAUAUAUA